GCUCUAAAUAACGAACAUCCACUCUCCAAAAUAAGACCCAAAAAAGAAAAAAGAGAAACCCCAAAAUCCCAACCAAAAGAGGGAAAGAGAGAGAGAGAAGGCCUGGAAAUAUAAAAACGAAACCCCUCCAAGUCCAAAGUCCAAACCCUAGUUUAGUUAGAUUUAUAUAUAUCAUUAGAAUUAGAUAUAUACAUACGCAUUACUCUCUCCCUCCCUCCACCACUGUUCUCCACCACCUUCUAAAACUCCAAUUUCUCUCUCUCUCGCUAUUUCUCGAAGCUUCUCGAUCUGCAAAAGCCGAACUUGACAAUUCCAGCUCCACUCCUCCGAACCCCCAAACCCCCAAACCCCAGCAGAUUGGAAACCCCGCAAUUUGCUUCAAUUCGCAGCUUUUGAAGUGUGGGACUACCGGGUUGGACCAGUGGCCAAAGAGCAGGGAGGAAGAGCUGGAAUUACGGUUUUGGCCUCGUGAUCUGGGUUACUGCUAGUUCAAGAGCAAUUCGGGAUCCAUGUCAGAGUUGUUAGCGUCUUUCCACUUCAUGAGACAUUGACCCAUGGAUCCUGAAGGAACAAAGUUUGGACAAGGACCAAAAGAGCUGACCGGUGCUGUAGAUCUCAUAAGUCACUACAAGUUGCUUCCCCACCAUGAGUUUUUCUGCAAGCGAUCACUUCCUGUAUCAAUCUCAGACACACACUAUCUUCAUAAUGUGGUGGGAGACACAGAAAUUAGAAAAGGAGAUGGGAUGCAGUUGGAUCAACUUAUUCAGAGUACAUCAUAUUUCAGUAAACCACGCAUACAGCCUUUUGACCUAGAUAUUCUCAGAGAGGCUUUCCAUCUUAGAGAAACAGCUCCUAUUGAUUUGCCACUUGCCGAUAAGGGGAUUCCAACUAUUGCAGCGAAAUCAAAGAGCGAGUCUAAAGACAAGGAGAAGAAACACAAAAAGCACAAAGACAGAGACAAAGAGAAGGAUAAAGAGCACAAGAAGCACAAACGCCGUCAUAAAGAUCGAAGUAAAGAUAAAGACAAGGAGAAGAAAAAGGAGAAAAGUGGGCAUCAUGAAUCGACUGGUGAUCACUCGAAGAAACACCAUGAAAAGAAAAGGAAACACGAUGGAGAUGAAGAUCUUAAUGAUGUUCACAGACACAAAAAAAGUAAGCAUAAGAGCGCAAAAAUUGAUGAAAUGGGUGCAAUCAGGGUAGCUGGCUGAAAUGAUGGGAUACUUUAGUAAUUUUGUUUUCUUCAAUGGUUGUCGUUCAUAGUUUCGAGGGGUCUUUCACUUGAUUUUGUGUUUCUUGAGAAUAACUUCUGAACUGACAAAAGAUUGUGAAGAAGGUGAAUUCACCUGCUGAAAAAAUAUGUGGAUUAAAGAAACCAUCCCCGUCAGUGUCCAGUUUUACUAAACCCUUAUGAGAGAGAAGCCUCCCCUAGAAUGGAUUAAGCUAGACUACGAUGCUCAGUGAUUUAAGCUGCGUCUUGCCAGUUUAGUAGCUGUCCGGGACUCAAUGUGACAAUGCUUAGUCUUCUUGUUGGAAUGGUUUACGUCAGUGGCAAGACAUUGUUCGUCUUGACUUGACAAUUUAGAGCAGUCACCCAAGUCUGAUCAUCGUCUAGAUCUUUGGGACACUGAGUCUUGUAUUGAGAAGUGAUCAUGUAGUGAUGGAGAGGUGAUUGCCACAUAUUUUGUAGCUCAUGAGGCAUGUGCUAUAGCUAUCCAAGUGGUUUCAAGUAUGAGCAAAAGCUAUAUCUGUUCCUUACUCAAGGGAAUAAAAACAAAAUUAUUAGUUUGUUGUUAUCCAUCUUAUCUUACCGUUUAUGCGUCAGGGAUGUAUCUUGAUAAGCUGCCUGUAGUAUGCCCGUGAAAUGCCUUAAGUUUGAAAUUGUGUCUAUUUUGUUUGCCCAUCACUUUGUAUCAAUUGGCUAAUGGUGAGCGACGAGCCUCCAUUUCUUGUACCCAUGAGUAAGAGAUUUUUGUGAAAAUACCCGGAUGCCUGAAUUUUGAGUUGCUUU